AUGUCUUCAACACCACCUCAACCACAACCAACACAAACAAACAAUGUAAAUACAACAAACCCAACAUUAUCAACUACCUCUCCAAUAACAGCUCCAACAACCAAUACACCAUCUCUCACUUCUCCACCCACCCCAACUAUAGCAAUAACAAAUGCCUCCGCAUCACCUUUAACUAAUAAUACAGCCCCAAACACAUUAUCAAAUACAACCGGAUCAGCAAUUCCAAUAAAUUCAACGAUUACUAUAAAUCCAGUUACUGCUUCGGCUGCAAUAAAUCCAACUACACCUAUAUCAGCAACCCAACCACAAACUCCAACUGGAUAUAUUGGAUCACCACCUACAAAUAAUCUACCUUCUACUCCACCAACAAACAGUAUAACAGCACCAAUUUCAACCUCGACUCUAUCACCAUCUGCUAACAAUAGUACAUCAUCAACUACAAAUUCAGGAACAUCACCAACAACCACAACAGCAAAUAAUUCAACCUCUACACCAACCACACCAAGUACAACAGCAGCAACAACCAAUUCAACAAUAAAUUCAAAUAAAUCACCAUCAACAAAAGAUAAAUCAAUAGAUUUAGCGGUUUUAAAUUAUUUAAAAAAAAGAGGAUACAGCAAUGCAGAGGCAAUUUUAAAACAAGAAUUAAAUAACAAUGGUACACCAUUAUCACCAAAUAAUGAAAACUUAAGUGAAGUUAUUGAUGAUGUCGAAACUAAUGAUCAAGAAUUAACCCAAUAUUUAUUAAUGUAUAACAGUAGUCAAAAAGAGAUUUUAAACCCACAAAACUAUUUAGAAUCCUAUAAAAAACUUAGAAAUUGGAUUCACAGCUCAUUAGAUAUUUACAAGAAUGAAUUGCUUUCAAUUUUAUACCCAGUUUUUGUUCACUCAUAUAUUGACCUUAUUACUAAAGGCUAUCCAACUCAAGCAAGAGAAUUAAUGGAACAGAUUGGACCAGAUCACGAAGAAUAUUUUGGUGAUGAUUUAAAGUUAUUAAGAGGUAUUAGUAACACCGAUCAUUUAAAGGAAAAUGAAUUGGUAGAUUUAUUUAGAAAUAAUAGAUGGAAUAUUAAAAUGUGUGCAUACUCUUUCGAAUUAUUAAUGUCAUUUUUACAUCAAUCAAAUUUUAUAUUAUUAUUAAGUAUUAUCAAUCAAUAUAUUCAUAUUAAUGUUAGUAAUCUUAGACCUGGUUUCAUUGAUGACGAACAAUAUUCAAUUUCAUUUCAAUCUGAAAAAGAUGCAGGUAAUUUAAAUUCAACACCAAUCAACUAUCAUUCAUUUAAGCCAGAUUACGAAGAUGAAGUUUUAAUGAAUAAAGAAAAACAAGAACAAAGUGAAGCUCCACCACCAACAACCUCUGGUUAUAUCCCAAAAUUAAAGAAAAAAGAUAAAAAGAAAAAAGAAGUUAGAGAUGAAAGAAUGCAAAAAUCACAAUCAAAUGUACCAAUACCAAUUUUAACUGAAAGAUUUGAAAAUGAAUUAAUGGACGAUUUUACAAAGUGUAUUUCAUUAUCAUCAACCCAUUUACCAUCAAUUUGUUUUUACACCAUAUUUAAUUCAUAUCAAGGUUUAAAUACUAUUGAUAUUUCAAAAGAUGCAGCAUUAGUAGCAGGUGGUUUUUCAGAUAGUUCAGUAAAGAUUUGGAAUUUAAAGGAAAUGAAAGAAAAACAAAUAAAAAGACAAGAGCAAGAACAAGAGCAAUAUGAAAGAACACAACAACAGCAACAACAGCAACAACAACAGCAACCAUCAUCACACGACGAUGAUGAUAUGAACAUUGACUCAAAUGGUUUAAAUCAUUCAACAACAAAUAAUUUUGCAUCUAGUGCAUCAAAUGCAUCAUCAGCCCAAAAUGGAAUUUCACCCAAUAAAUCAAUGAAUAACUCUAUUACAAAUAAACUAUUAAAAGCAUCAAAUAAUGAAAGAGAAUCAGAUUUUAAUUCAUUUUUAGGUCACUCAGGUCCAGUCUAUGGUUGUUCAUUCUCACCAGACAGUCAAUAUUUAUUAUCAUGUUCAGAAGAUACCACCGCACGUCUUUGGAGUAUGGAAACAAUGAGUAAUCUCGUUUGUUAUAAAGGUCAUAAUUUCCCUGUAUGGGAUGUUAGUUUUAGUCCAUUUGGUUAUUAUUUUGCAACAGCAUCACAUGACCGUACCGCUAGAUUAUGGACUACCAAUUAUAUAUCACCACUCCGUAUUUUCACUGGUCAUCUUUCUGAUUGUAAUACUGUAAAAUUUCACCCAAAUAUUAACUACUUGGCCACUGGCUCAAACGAUAAAUCUGCUCGUCUUUGGGAAAUUCAAACUGGUAAAUGCGUUCGUAUUUUUAUGGGUCAUCGUGCACCAAUUUAUUCUUUAGCUUUCUCACCAGACGGUCGUUUAUUAGCCACUGCUGGUGAAGAUACCUCUGUUAUUCUUUGGGAUUUAUCAACUGGUAAAAAAGUAAAGAAAAUGGAUGGUCAUACAAAAUGUGUUUACUCUUUAGAUUUCAGCCAAGAUGGUUCAAUAUUAGCCAGUGGUUCAUCAGAUUGCACCGUACGUUUAUGGGACGUUAAAAAAGCCUUCAACAACUCUAUUUCAACCCAAACCUCAAUAAAUGAUGAGGCUAUUAGAAAUGCAAAUAAAAGAAAAUCAAUUAAAUCAAAAUUAUUCUCUGAAGAACUCAUCGAAACCUACCCAACCAAACAAACUCCCGUAUAUACUGUCAGUUUUUCAAGAAGAAAUUUAUUAUUAGCUUCAGGUGCAUUUAAUACAUUAACUGCUUUCGAUAAAUUUUAA